UGUCUUAUCUUUUGUCUCCCAUGGAGUCGGCAGGAUAACAUGCCCACUUGGGCGGAUGGCCAGGAAAAUAAGUAAUCUUCUUGAAGCUCAUAACGUGGCAGUGCCCAUAAGGUGCCUCCCAUAUAUCACCGUCCUUUGGGUAGAUAAUAAGUUAAAUCAAAUAUAUUCUCUCUCACGUAAAUUAAAUUGAACAUUUAGUUAGCACGGCCAAUGGAUUCCAAUUUGGAUCUCCCCCAUGUGCAAACACUGCAUAAAACAUGUUCCUUUAACAUUUCUGCUCUUUCCUUUUAUAGUUCUGCACCUUGCCGAUUUCUCUUCCAUGGUUUUCAUCGUCAUGAUUGCUUGUCGUCUAAUCAAUGCUCGAUAGUCCCCACUUCACCCCUCUCACUUCCCUCCAAAACUUGAAGGGUAGAAAUCCGUGACUCUAUUUUUGUUUGGAGUUGCAGAGAUUUUUAGUUUUCCAGUUGUGUGUUAUAAAAAUAGAGUUUAAAACAGAAUAAAAUGGAUGUGGGUGAUGAGGAAUGCGAUACAGAGCUGGGUCUAGGAAUGAGAAUUCGCCCUUCAACUCCAUGUGGGAAGAAUUCAGCAGAUGAAGAAUUGGCCAUGGCAAGGCAAAAUAUCAUUGAUGUGAGUAAAUUAGGUCUUGCUUCCUGCUAUUCUAAGCAACAUGGUGAUACCCAAUUUGAUAAUAUGGUGUCAUUCCAUAAGAACACUAUAUCGUCUUUUCCUGUGGAUUCCAACUUCGCAAACCAGGAAAGCUGCCAUGGAGUAGGCAUAAAACGAGAGCGAGAGAGUGUUACAGAGGAUUUUGAGGGUGAUAAGGGUUAUUGUAGGGUUAGUGAUGAAGAUGAGGAGGGCGGUGGCACAAGGAAGAAGCUCAGGCUGUCAAAACAACAAUCUGCUAUUUUAGAAGAAACAUUCAAAGAACACAGCACUCUUAAUCCAAAGCAAAAGCAAACCUUGGCCAAGCAGCUAAAUCUUUGUCCUCGACAAGUUGAAGUUUGGUUCCAAAAUAGGAGGGCAAGGACCAAGCUUAAGCAAAACGAAGUGGACUGCCAAUUCUUAAAGAGGUGUUAUGAGUCGUUAACAGAGGAGAACAGAAGACUGCAGAAAGAGUUAAUAGAACUAAAAUCUCUAAAACGUGCUGCAGUGGCGUCUCCAUUGUACCUAAAACUGCAAUUGCCUUCAACAACUAUAAAAGUGUGCCCCUCCUGUCAAAGAGUUAUAACCUCUGAUAAGAAUACACCUUUUACUAAUUUGCAAGAGCCCCACUUCUAUCCUUGCUAUUCUCAUUCUUCGGUGGCUUAUUGAUUAUAUCGUUUUAUCUACAUCAACCAUGUUUGAUUUGUAUGAUUGGACUCUUUUGAGACCACCCCCAAAAGCUAUUGAGUAGCUUUUGCUCGCAGUUAGGGUUUUCAUGAGAUUUCUGAACGUCGUGAACUCUUUAGGAAAUGCAGUUAAACGUAGAUUUUUCUCUUCUCUGAGGUUGUCUUUUGUAUGAAAACAUAUAUAAAAGUUGCUGAAUAUGGAAGAAAACGCUUCAGAUUUGUUGUGGCUUACACAAUUGCUGUGGAGAGAAUAUCCAAUAUGCAAUUACAAAUGUAUAGAAUGGAAGUACUUCUUUGCUAAUGUAAUCGUUCAGCAACGUUUCUUUGUUUUGAAA